GUGAUGACUCUUUGAGGACUUUGAGGACUUACUGACUUUGGGAGUAGCAGAAACCGCCACCAUGCCUGCGAAGCCUGCCCCUAUCAAGAAGGCAGCCCCGAAAGAGCCUGCUCCUAAGAAGGAGGAAGCACAUGCCCCUGCACCCGCUGAGGCUGAUCCUGCUGAAGUUGCUCCCCCUGCCGAGGUCGAAGCUCCACCGGCAGAGGCUGCCCCAGCCGAAGCAGCUGCCCCUGCCGAGGGAGAGGCCCCUGUGGAGGCAGCUCCCGCAGAACCCGCGCCUGAGGAGCCCAAAGCACCCACACCCCCUCCUGCAGAUGGUAAUGCAAUAAUGCUCCAUGAAAUGAGCUUCGGUUGGGCUUUUUGCAGAAACACAUGUGGGCUACUUUGUCAAUUAUAUCAUUGAUAUCCUCUCUGAAUGGAUGAGCCAUGGUGACGUUUGGUUGGUGCGCAAGGGGCAUAACUGACAUUUUCAUAAGUUCACAGGAGUGCUAAAACAAAACGUUGACAUUGUUUGUUAAUGGGAAUUUAUACUUUACCCAAUACUUCAAUGGAGGUCAUGGAUCUUAUGUCGGUCCCUUUGCCACUGGAUCUCUUCAAGAGCCUUCUAUAAAUUGCUUUACCAUUUUUAGUCCAAAAUGUCACUAAUGCCCGUUGCGCACCGCCAAACCCUGCAAAAAUAUUCCUUCUCAAUGACAUGUAUUUCGAGAAAGUCUGUUCUUCCACAUCAUUUGGUAAAUAAUAAGCAACAUUCGUCAACCAUCGGUUCAUAAGAGAUAAUGGUAAAGCUCUGAAGCCCAUACUUUUGAGAUAGGCCGGAAGACAUUGCAGAAGUCAUUGUGGGCUCCAUGACGAAAAGCCUGCAACGUGUUGUGUAAGUGAUUGGGGAAUAUCCCAUGCCACUCCCCUUGCGCGCCCAAUUUGUUUUGUGGUGGUGGAACUCAGUCAGUCUUUAAACUUGCUCUUGAAAGGCCCCACAGUUUGGGAACCACUGGUGUAAGGCACUUGAUAGCCUGACUACCUAGUCAAGUAUCGCAAAUGCUCGAUUAACUACAUCAUAUCUGUUGCCUAUAGGCUAGUAAUCAAACUAUACUGAACAAAAAUAAUAUAAAACGCAACAUGUAAAUUGUUGGUCCCAUGUUUCUUGAGCUGAAAUAAAAGAUCCCCCAAAUUUUCCAUAUGCACAAAAAACGUAUUUCUCUCAAAUGUUGUGCACACAUUUGUUUACAUCCCUGUUAGUGAGCAUUUCUCCUUUGCCAAGAUAAUCCAUCCACCUGACAGGUGUGGCAUAUCAAGAAGCUGAUUAAACAGCAUGAUCAUUACACAGGCAUACCUUGUGCUGGUGACAAUAAAAGGCCACUCAAAAAUUUGCAGUUUUGUCACAAAACAUAAUAAUGCCACAGAUGUCUUAAGUUUUGAGGGAGCAUGCAAUUGGCAUGCUGACUGCAGGAAUGUCCACCAGAGCUGUUGCCAGAGAAUUGAAUGUUAAUUUCUCUACCAUAAACCGCCUUCAACGUAGUUUUAGAGAAUAUGGCAGUACGCCCAACCAGCCUAACAACCGCAGACCACUUGUAACCACGCCAGCCCAGGAUCUCCAGAUCUGGCAUCUUCACCUGCGGGAUCGUCUGAGAACAGCCACCCGGACAGCUGAUGAAAAAGCCCAGUCGUGAAAUCCAUAGAUUAGGGCCUAAUUAAUUUAUUUCAAUUGAUUUAUUUCCUUAUACGAACUGUAACUCAGUAAAAUCGUUGUAAUUGUUGCAUGUUGCAUCUAUAUUUUUGCUCAGUGUAAUAUCUAAUCAAAUGUAAUACCAGCCGCUGCUAAGCCUGCUGCAGAGGAAGCUGCUACUCCAGCUGCUGCAGAGGUGCCCACAGAGCCAGAUGGUAAUGCAUGUAUUGCAAUAGACAGAUGUCAGAAUUUACAGCGCAUUUUAACUACAUUAUAUCAGUUGCCGAUAGGCUAGUAAUCAAACUAAUAUCUAACAUCUAAUGCCAGCCGCUACUGUGCCCGCCGAGCUCGCUGCCGAAGGCAAGGAAGCUGCAGUUCUAGCCGCCGCAGACGCUGAGGCACCUGCCGAGGGUAAAGCCAAGAAUAACAGAUGUUUGUCUUGACUAGGCUGCUUAACCUCUUUUACUGUAACUUCUUUAUCUCUUUACUCACGUCCCGGUACUUUCUAUCCACAUAAGCUUAACAUUCUGCCACAUUUUUUCAUUUUGUAACAUAUUUUGAAAUGUUUAAAAUCAGCUUUUGCUCUUACAUCUCUCUAACGUUGAAUGAAUAUCAGCUGCCGCCCCUGCUGCAGAGGAAGGCACCCCCGCGGCUGAUGCUGCUGCUGAGGGUGCGGCACACCCUGAUGGUAAUAGCCUCACUACCAAUCCACAGGGAGCCAAGGGACUUCAUCAUCAUAUGCCACUUAAUAUGGAUAUUCCUGUUUAGAAUUAUGGCAAAUCACUUUUGGCUAACAGCACUAACUCAAUAGAGCUAAACGAUCUCAAAUGAUAUUUGGGCAUUUUGCCCAUCAUGGUAGGUAGGGCCUUAUUAGCAUGGUCCCAGAUCUGUUUGUGCUGUCUUUCUUGCCAACGCCUAUGGUCAUUAUCAUAGGAGUUGACAGAUCUGGGACCAGGCUCUAAUGUCAUUUGAACUAAUUCAUUAGAUGAAUCUCUAACAUUUAACACUAGCUGAUGCUGCUGCAGCUGCCUCAAUUAUACCUUCAAAUCUGAAUAUGUCCAAUUCCAAUCCACUCCAAUAUGGGAUCAUGAUAAGGUAUAGUUAGUUUGGUAUACAUAUAAGGCAUUCUAAAGUUUUUCCUGACCAUGUGACCUGACCUGGGAACACUCCGGGCCCUAGUUAAAGCCUAGUGUACCUUAGCAGAUUGAAUAGGUGUAGACUGUUUUCAUCUCUCUGCUGGAUAAACAAAGAGGAGUUCCGUAAGAGAUGGGAUUGGAAUGGAUUGGAUGGAAGUGAUUCUAGAACACUGCUCUCAUACCUGCUGCCUCUAACCUUUAUAUAAAUGCACAUUUAACAUCAGCUGCUGCUGCCGAUGCGGCCUCCAUAGAGGAACCCCCCAAAGCACCUACCCUCCCUCCACCCCCACCCCCAAAAGGUAAACCAACUCAACGGUCUGAGGAAAGAUUGGUCAAACCAUUACGAAGCUUUUCACACAUUCUCCUAUUACCAUUUUUAUAAUUUAUAUGAUAACCCAAUAUCAUGUCCUCAAGUUUCAAGUUGUACAUUGUCUGCAUUAGUUUGCAUUUCUAAACUAUGUAGAGCCCUAUUACCAUGUUUCCAUUGAUAUGAUAACACAAUAAGGCUAAUUAUUUCCUCUUGCAUCUCGAGUUGUACUUUGUCUGAAUUGUGUUAGCAUUUCCAAAAUAUUUAGAGCCGUAUAACUUAGUUUUUUUAUUGAUACUGUGUAACCCAAUAGGGCUAAUGUGUCCUCUCACGUCCGAGUUGUACAAUGCGUUGUCUGAAUUGUGUUUGUGUUUCCCAACUGUAGAGCCCACCAGUGAGCCCCUGGAAGUGACAGUGGAGGAUAAGACCGACACUUCAGUCACCAUCACCUGGAGGCCUCCAAAGACCAUUCCAGACAACUCUGGCCUGGAUGGAUACACCGUGGAAAUCACCAAGGAGGGAAGUAAGUCAUUCAAGCCAACUUCAGCCCUUAACUAGCCUGGUCCCAGAUCUGUUUGUGCAGUCUUGCCAACUCCUAUGGUCAUGGGCGUGACCAAUCUGAGACCAGGCUACCAUUUGACUACUAAGUUCUUUUAAUGUUGUUAUGUUGUCCCAUUGGAUUUUGUACAUCUCUGAUAUGCUUGUAAGGUAAAAUAGAGAAUUAACCACAACCUUGUGAAAAUGUUUAUUGAUUUGUUUUAUCUAACACCAUACGAUGAGGCUGCAUUCCAUUGUAAAUUAUAUUUUUUGGGCUGGUCAGACCUAUCAGUUGCACCUGUCCGCUGCAUGUCAGUCGUUGAUUUAUUCCGUACCUAACAUCUCCCUAUAAGGACAGAGGCAUUACUGGCAGUGCCAUGGACUAGCUGGUGCCUGCUUUUAGAUCACAAUCUUAUGCUAAUGAUCAGUAACAGACUCAAGUCAAAUGUCAGAGAAGAAAAUAUACCUCAAGUAAUGCAACUACACGUUUCACCUUGCAAAUGUAAUAAUUCACCUGGAAAAUUUGAACAUACUAUCUUCUUAUUCAUGAAUCUCCUUAAUUCAUCCAUUUAAAAAUAUGUUUUUUGGGUCCAGAUAGGAAGAUAAGUCAUGACAAUACUUUCAUCCAAGUACUUCCCCUGAUUCUCAGUCACCACUCAAAUAUGUGUCCUCUAGUUUACAUUUUCACUCCAGUGAAGGACUGAAUAUUCUCCAUAUCUGAUACUGAUACUUAUUGUCCUCACUGUGUUCACUCUCUUGCCGUAGUUCUAUACUGUACUAAGCUUGUUAACUUUCCUGUCACAGCUGAAGACUGGAAAGCAGCCAACGAGGUUCUGACCAUAUCCUGCCGUUAUGUCAUCAAGAACCAGACUACCGGCGACCGUCUACUGAUCCGGGUGGUUGCUGUAAACCCUGGUGGCCGCAGCCCCCCUGCUACCAUCACCGAUCCCGUUCUGGUCAAGGAGGUUGGGGGUAAGCAAAGCCUGGACAAUAGGCUGAGUCUUCACUCACACACAGCACUUAGCUACUGUACUUCAGAAGCAUGCCGUGGUCCAUUUCUUCCAACCAGCAGAUGUGGGUUUUCUUCCAUGGACUUCAAGUAGACAGCAUUGUAUUAUCAGGUGGCCAUAACAGCAAGUCCAAACUGUUUGUGGUGGGCGGUGUCCGUCUUUAUUGUUGAAAUAGCUUUUCAAAAGAGCAGACGUUGAAACAGCUAGGGAGAAAUGGCUCAGCAUGAUUUCCAUCUCAGAUAUCCAACUACUGUUGUCACAUCCCUGGCCCGUUAGAAUAAUGCAACGGUGGCCUUCUCAGAUUGUUGACACCAAGAGGGGGGUAGAGAUCCUCGGUCCAAGCAUGGAGUAAGCUCCCCAGUUGUAAAGGGAUAAAUGUACUGCCUACAACACUUUUUGGGUGCAUGUUUUCACCUGUGUCUUCUUACUUUGUCUACUUUUUGACUUCCUCAAUGAUAACUGUUAAUGGUUAGUCAAGCCUCUUAAUUUACAGCAAUCAUCCUGGAAUCAAGUGAAUGUAGUGUACACAGUGGUAGGCCCUGGAUUUUGAGUUUUAUCUAGUCCUAUUUUCUGAAUAUACAGUAAAAUAGUUAUAUCAAAACAGAAAGCUGAAGUAAUUGGUAGACCUAUGUUUUUUUAUGAAAGUUGAUUAAAACUGUAUUUAUGUAAGUAGGGACCUAAAGAGAGAGAUCAGCAAAUGUGUGAUGGAGAGUUUUAAUGGAGGGGAAUGAAACCUGAAACCCAAGGACUUAUAUAGGGACUGGCCGUCCCCCAAUAGGAGUGUCACAGUCCAUGUCCCACAGUCCCACUGUCAAACUUAGCCUUUGGUCCACCAAAAAAAGCGUCUGGUUUACCACACAAUGGAACGACCACUAACUUUCCCACAAAUCCUUUGGAAAAUUGUUGGGAUGUGUCUGCUAUUAACACGGAAGGUUUGGCAUUAAGUUGCCUCCCCAGUCAGAAUGCGUGCUGGAGAGGUGUCAAGCCAACCCAUGUAAGAGUGAUGGAAACAAGUGCAAUCUGUCGAGUGGGGUGGGGGUGGGGAUGGGGAACAUUCCAAAGUGUCCCCUCUACACAGAGAGGGUGGGGACAUGGGAGGGAUCUAACGUCUCGUAUGCCAUCUAAGCCCUUUGAGACGACCAGGGACCCUGUGUUUAUUUUGAAACAUGCCACAGACACUGACGGGGACAAGGCAGUUCUCUUUUGACCUGAUCCCCGCAUAAGGUGCGUCAAGUCGGGACACUCCACAGAGAAACACACCUAACUCUACCAUGCCCAUUCCACAGUUGGUUGGUUGUUUUUUAAAAUACAUUUUCUGAUAGCAGCACAUAUUCCUGCCGAGAAUGCUGGCACUAGUGCAUAGGUUUGUAUAGGAGCGGGUUUGCAAUUAUAGUUCCUGAACUUGGUUAUUAGUUAGUUACAAAUAUCAACCAUUCUGUCCAUGUUUUAACACUAUAAGCCAUUGGCUGUGAAUGGUGUGUUUGUGGGGGAUCCUAUGGUCUUGGAGAAUCUACAGUACAGUUGAGUGUGAUUCUUACUGCAGCCUGUUUAACAUUGUGGGCUGGGGUAACUGUAGAUCUACAUCAUGUGUUGCGACAUGGCAUGAGUUCAAAUGGGACUUAUUUAGAGCUCUGAUGAGUGUUACUCUGCUAGACUCAGCAGGUGUUUGGUUCCCACCAAACUAGAUCUGGUCUGGAUGGCUGGAGUACAGGAUAAUCUGUCUCAAAGCUGAAGGUACAGAGUGGGUUUUGAGGAAUUCGUUUUUUUAUUCUUUCUGAUACAAAUUCAAUUGCUUGCUCUGAAGUAUCUCUGAAGUGUCCUAUCCAUAGUGUGUGUCAAAGUUUCAGAGUCAUUUUACUUAUUUGAACAGGUUGAUUAUUAUUAUUAUUAUUCGUAAACCAUUUUUUUCUGUCUGUAGCUCGCCCCAAAGUCCGCCUGCCUCGUUUCCUGAGGCAGAGGUAUGUCAAGAAAGUCGGUGAGAAGAUCAACCUUGUCAUCCCCUUCUCUGUGAGUUUGUAUUAUGAGAUGAUGGGUAGGCCUGGGAGUUUGUCUAAACCACAUGACCUGAGCAGGACCAAAACAAUUGGACCCUAGCUAUAGGCUACAACUAGGGGCUAGAGUUUUUCACAUGGUCAGGAAAGACUCCUGGCACUAAUGAUAUGAAAUCACGUGAUGUUAUAACAUGUGUCCAUACAGAUGGAAGUUAGACCAUUGAUUGAGCCCAGCAUUGUGUUCUUUACUUUCCUAGGGUAAACCUAAGCCAGUCAUUAGCUGGUUAAAGGAUGGAGAGCCCCUUGACCCAAAGAGGGCCAAUGUCCGUACAUCUGACAGAGACAGCAUCCUGUUCAUCCGUCAAGCAGAAAGAGCAGACUCUGGCUCAUAUGAGAUGUGCGUGAAGGUGGACGACUUUGAGGACAAAGCUGCUAUCAUCAUCCAGAUUAUUGGUAAAUCAAACUCUAUUUGACUAUCCAACCUUGUUUUUAUUUCUAAACAGAUGAUGACAUAGCAUUAGCCUGUCAUAUAAACUAGGUAUAUUUUGGUCAUAACUAGGGCCAGGAGUUGUUUCUGGUCAGGUCUUAACUGAUCUGGAGAGUGAUUGAGUUGUUGUGAGUUUACUGAUACCAAUGAUGCAACCCAUACUGAACCAUGUAUCGCUGUGCCUGCUCUCCCACAGAGUUGCCUGGGCCACCAGCCAGCAUUAAGAUUGUGGAUGUCUGGGGAUUCAACGUUGCUCUGGAGUGGACCGCACCCAAAGAUAACGGAAACACAGAGAUCACAGGCUACACUGUCCAGAAGGCUGACAAGAAGACCGGGGUGAGAAACCCCUUCCUUACCAUACAAUGUCAAAGUUAAUGACAUACUGAGUCAUUCACAACUUCUGUAUCGUUUACACAAUUCCCAUUGAUUUAGCAGCAAAAAUGUUCCCUGUACUCUAAUACAAUCCCCAAAAAUAUUAUUUAAAGUACAUCUCAGUAUAUUUUACUCAAAAAAUUGAAAUCAAAAGAAAGUACAAUACGUAUAAUAACAAGACAUUGAAAUAUUAUUAAUACUCAUAUGGUCUCUUGCCCAGGACUGGUUCAACAUUUUGGAGCACUACACAAGAUUAAACGCUACCAUCUCAGACCUCAUCAUGGGCAACACCUACACCUUCAGGAUCUUUGCAGAGAAUAAGUGUGGACUCAGUGAGGAAUGUGCUGUGACCAAGGGAGAAGCCACCAUUGUGAAGGAGGGUGAGACACACUCCACACCACCCCUUUCAAAAAAAGUCCCUUAAAAAAAAUUAACAUGAGAUAAUCACAUGGAAAGAACAGAUUUGAAAAAAUACAUGUUAAUAAAAAUAUACAUAUAUAUAUAUAUAUAUAUAUAUAUAUAUAUAUAUAUAUAUAUAUAUAUAUAUAUAUAUAUAUAUAUAUAUAUAUAUGUAUAUAUAUAUAUUUUCUAUUUUAUAUAUAUAAAUUUAUAUACACACACUACCGUCAAAACUUUUAGAACACCUACUCAUUCAAGGGUUUUUCUUUAUAUUUACACUUUUUCUACAUUGUAGAAUAAUAGCGAAGACAUCAAAACUAUGAAAUAACACAUAUGGAAUCAUGUAGUAACCAAAAAAGUGUUAAACAAAUCAAAAUAUAUAUUUGAGAUUUUAGAUUCUUCAAAGUAGCCACCCUUUGCCUUGAUGACAGCUUUGCACACUCUUGGCAUUCUCUCAACCAGCUUCAUGAGGUAGUCACCUGGAAUGCAUUUCAAUUAACAGGUGUGCCUUCUUUAAAGUUAAUUUUAAUGCAUUUGAGCCAAUCAGUUGUGCUGUGACAAGGUGUGUGUGUGGGGGGGGGGGUGUACAGAAGAUAGCCCUAUUUGGUAAAAGACCAAGUCCAUAUUAUGGCAAGAACAGCUCAAAUAAGCAAAGAGAAACAACAGUCCAUCAUUACUUCAAGACAUGAAGGUAGGUCAAUACGGAACAUUUCAAGAACUUUGAACGUUUUCAAGUGCAGUCGCAAAAACCAUGAAGCGCUAUGAUGAAACUGGCUCUCAUGAGGACCCCCACAGGAAUGGAAGACCCAGAGUUACCUCUGCUGCAGAGGAUAAGUUCAUUAGAGUUACGAGCCUCAGAAAUUGCAGCCCAAAUAAAUGCUUCACAGAGUUCAAGUAACAGACACAUCUCAACAUCAACUGUUCAGAGGGUACUGUUUGAAAUCAGGCCUUCAUAGUGAAAUUGCUGCAAAGAAACCACUACUAAAGGACACCAAUAAUAAGAAGAGACUUGCUUGGGCCAAGAAACACCAGCAAUGGACAUUAGACUGGUGGAAAUGUGUCCUUUGGUCUGGAAUCCAAAUUGGAGAUGUUGGUUCCAACCACCAUGUCUUUGUGAGACACGAUGUGGACACGAUGUGGGUGAACGGAUGAUCUCCGCAUGUGCAUUUCCCACCGUAAAGCAUGCAGGAGGAGGUGUUAUAGGGGUGCUUUGCUAGUGACACUGUCUGUGAUUUAUUUAGAAUUCACACUUAACCAACAUGACCACCACAGCAUUCUGCAGCGAUACGCCUUCCCAUUUGGUUUGGGGUUAGUGGGACUAUCAUAUGUUACUUCAUAGUGCUGAUGUCUUCACUAUUAUUCUACAAUGUAGAAAAUAGUAAAAAUAAAGAAAAACCCUUGAAUGAGUAGCUGUUCUAAAACUUUUGACCGGUGGUGUAUAUAUAUAUAUAUAUAUAUAUAUACAGUGGGGAGAACAAGUAUUUGAUACACUGCCGAUUUUGCAGGUUUUGCUACUUACAAAGCAUGUAGAGGUCUGUCAUUUGUAUCAUAGGUACACUUCAACUGUGAGAGACGGAAUCUAAAACAAAAAUCCAGAAAAUCACAUUGUAUGAUUUUUAAGUAAUUAAUGUGCAUUUUAUUGCAUGACAUAAGUAUUUGAUCACCUACCAACCAGUAAGAAUUCCGUCUCUCACAGACCUGUUAGUUUUUCUUUAAGAAGCCCUCCUGUUCUCCACUCAUUACCUGUAUUAACUGCACCUGUUUGAACUCAUUACCUGUAUAAAAGACACCUGUCCACACACUCAAUCAAACAGACUCCAACCUCUCCACAAUGGCCAAGACCAGAGAGCUGUGUAAGGACAUCUGGGAUACAAUUGUAGACCUGCACAAGGGUGGGAUGGGCUACAGGACAAUAAGCAAGCAGCUUGGUGAGAAGGCAACAACUGUUGGCGCAAUUAUUAGAAAAUGGAAGAAGUUCAAGAUGACGGUCAAUCACCCUCUGUAUGGGGCUCCAUGCAAGAUCUCACCUCGUGGGGCAUCAAUGAUCAUGAGGAAGUUGAGGGAUCAGCCCAGAACUACACGGCAGGACCUGGUCAAUGACCUGAAGAGAGCUGGGACCACAGUCUCAAAGAAAACCAUUAGUAACACACUACGCGGUCCUGGAUUAAAAUCCUGCAGCGCAUGCAAGGUCCCCCUGCUCAAGCCAGCGCAUGUCCAGGCCUGUCUGAAGUUUGCCAAUGACCAUCUGGAUGAUCCAGAGGAGGAAUGGGAGAAGGUCAUGUGGUCUGAUGAGACAAAAAUAUAGCUUUUUGGUCUAAACUCCACACGCCGUGUUUGGAGGAAGAAGAAGGAUGAGUACAACCCCAAGAACACCAUCCCAACCGUGAAGCAUGGAGGUGGAAACAUCAUUCUUUGGGGAUGCUUUUCUGCAAAGGGGACAGGACGACUGUACCGUAUUGAGGGGAGGAUGGAUGGGGCCAUGUAUCGCGAGAUCUUGGCCAACAACCUCCUUCCCUCAGUAAGAGCAUUGAAGAUGGGUCGUGGCUGGGUCUUCCAGCAUGACAACAACCCGAAAUACACAGCCAGGGCAACUAAGGAGUGGCUCCAUCUCAAGGUCCUGAAGUGGCCUAGCCAGUCUCCAGACCUGAACCCAAUAGAAAAUCUUUGGAGGGAGCUGAAAGUCCGUAUUGCCCAGCGACAGCCCCGAAACCUGAAGGAUCUGGAGAAGGUCUGUACGGAGGAGUGGGCCAAAAUCCCUGCUGCAGUGUGUGCAAACCUGGUCAAGACCUACAGGAAACGUAUGAUCUCUGUAAUUGCAAACAAUGGUUUCUGUACCAAAUAUUAAGUUCUGCUUUACUGAUGUAUCAAAUACUUAUGUCAUGCAAUAAAAUGCAAAUUAAUUACUUUAAAAUCAUACAAUGUGAUUUUCUGGAUUUUUGUUUUAGAUUCCGUCUCUCACAGUUGAAGUGUACUUAUGAUACAAAUUACAGACCUCAACAUGCUUUGUAAGUAGGAAAACCUGAAAAAUCGGCAGUGUAUCAAAUACUUGUUCUCCCCACUGUAUAUAUUUUUUUUACAUGACAUUUUCAUGAGUCAGUCACGUGAACAAAUCACAUGCAAAAAAUGUCAUGUGGGAAAAACAGACACGUGUGAAGUUUCAAAUGACUCCAACACGUUUCCCUGUUUCCCAACAUAUUAUAAGUUUCACAUGUGUGCUUUUGUAACUGGCAGGAUUAGAACCCAGGUCUCCAACAGGUCAUACCAACGUCUUGACCAUUCAACCAUGAGAGCCAACACUAUUUAGAAGUCACAGGUGGCGCUACCUCAUCAUGUGACCAUGAGCAAACAUGACUGACUCAUGUCCGUUACACUUUCACAUGUGCAUUUUCAAAUGUUAUUGUCAACUAUGGGUAUCAAACGAUAACAAAAAUGUAAUUGCGUUUAUCGUAGGAUUUGCUGUGAUUAAUCAAGAUUAAUCGCAAAUUCAUAGUUUGCUCAAAUUGAGCUGUAAUUUAAGAUUUGUUUUUCAAAAAGCAUUACAAAAACAUUGCCGUUUUGAUUUUGUCCAAAGUAACGGUUAGCAAAAUCAGGUAAAUCGAUCAACAAACUUUCUUUAACCUCAAAGUCAACUUUUUUUGACAUCGUAUUGUUGUUUUUAGCUAUAUGGAUUAUGUAUUUUGGAUGUUUUCAGUGCAUUUUGAACGCUUUCAGACAACGCAAUUACAGAAAUUGAGCACAAAAAUACUUCAGUUAAAAUUACUUUGGUUAACUGGUUAACUCAGACAGUGCUAAUUUUAAAAUCUUAAAAAGGAGAAAUAAUCUCUGUUCUUUUCACUGGGCUUUUUCGAAUGGUCACUCAUCAAUGUAUGAAGAAGAGAAGCUCCGAAUUGAAAUAAGAAAUUAUACUGUUUAACACACUUGAAUUAUUAUUCACAGAAUGGCAUUAAAUAAUUCGCAAUUCUAUAUGUGGAGACAUUGCUACUGCAACAUGUUAACCCCACCUUUUCACAUGUGAGGAGAAUAACACUAGGCCUAUUUCACUCCACGUGUGACAGUUAGAUUUUCACGUAAAUGUUUUCUACAUGUGAAACUGCAAAUUAGAUUUAGAAAUGUGAAUCGUUUUCACGUGAACUUGCAACUCCACAUGUGAAAGUGAGAUUUUCACAUGGAGUUAUUACAUGUGAAACUGCUGAUUAGAUUUUCACGUGAUUGAUUUUCACAUGUGAACUUUCAAUUCUACAUUUGAACGUGAGAUUUUCACAGUUUCUCGUGAAACUGCAUAUCCGACUUUCACAUGACAUUUUUACAAUGUGAAACAGCAAAUUUCAAAUAUGCAACUGCAAUUCACGUGAGGUGAAAACAUGUUUUUCUUCUCACAUGUGAAAGGUGGUGUUAACUUGUGAACUCUAAAUGUAAUAAUGUGAAAAUACGGUUUCAUGUGAAAUUCAUGCUCAACAUGUGAAAACAGCGAUUUCACAUGUGAAAAAAGCAAAUUUGACAUGUUUUUAUUUUUAAGGUGUCCCCCUACACGUUAGAACGUUAGAGAAUAUUAGAACGAGUGGAACAGUAAAGUCUUCUUGUAGUUGCCCCCAUUUAGGACCUAAUCCAUGCUUGUCUCAUUCUUUUUCAGUUAUUGACUACAAACCUACCCCGUUCGUGGAGCGUGACUUCACAGAGGCUCCCAAGUUCACCACUGUUCUGAACGACAGGUCCACCACUGUUGGCUACAGCACCAAGCUGCUGUGCUCUGUGAGGGGAUGCCCCAAGGUAAACCUUCCCUCUUACAAACUCUCUAAUACUGUAGGUUGUUAAUGAAAUGGACAACCUGUAGGCUAGGCUAGCAGAACUGUAUUUAUUAAGGAUAUCCAUUAGCUGCUGCCAAGGCAGCAGCUACUCUUCCUGGGGUCCAGCAACAUUAAGGCAGUUAUAUACUAUUACAAAUAUUACAUAACAUUACAUUUCAUAACACUUUUCACAGCACAUUAAGUGUGUGCCCUCAGGCCUACCACAUAACUACAAUACAAAGUCCAUGUGUACGUGUGUGUAGAAUGUGUGUCUUAUGUGAAUGUGUAAGCAUGUGUGUGUGUGCUUGUGUGUGAAGGUGUAUUUUUAUCAGUUUUUUAAAUCUGAUUCAACUGCUUGCACACACACACACACACACACACACACACACACACACACACACACACACACACACACACACACACACAGUGCAUGUUUUAGGCUGUGUAUCUGUAUAAGCACUUUGUGACAACUGCUGAUGUCAGAACAGCUUUAUAAAAUACAAUUGAUUGAUUGAUUGAUGUCUGAGCCUCCAGCUCAGCCUGUCCCCUGUCACCAGAUCCACUGGGUUGCCAGUCACAACAGCAGAGCAGCAUUUGGCAUAGGGGAGUUGAACAUGCAGCUCCGUAUAGGGUUAGGUUAUGAUAGUCUCCAUCUGAGCAGAACCUUGGACUCCUGGCCGACUGGGCCGGAGUGGGUGGGUGGCAGAGAGGAGGGGGUGGAGGAUGUAUAACAUUCCUACCCUGGGGGGAUCAUGGGGGGUCUUUACACUGACCCUUACAAAUGAACACAUAAAAUUUGCAGUUUCACAUGUUGAGCUUAAAUUUAAAUGUAUUACAUUUAGAGUUCACAUGUUAACACCGCCUUUUCACAUGUGAGGAGAAAACAUGUUUUCACCUCAUAUGAAUUGCAGUUUCACAUGUGAAAUUUGCGGUUUCACAUGUUAAAAACUUUCACAUGAAAAUCGGAUAUACAUUUUCACAUGGGAAAAUCUCACUUUGAAAUGUAGAAUUGCAUUUUCACAUGUGAAAAUAUUCCUUGUGAAAAUCCCUUUCCGUUUGACAUGAAAAUCUUACUUUCACUUGUGGAAUUGCAGAUUCACAUGUGGGGUUGAAAUAAUGUUAUUCUCCUCACAUGUGAAAAGAUGGUUUUAACAUGUUGCAAUAGCAAUGUUUCAACCCAAAUUAGGGUGACCAUAUCUAAAAAUCCCAAAUGCGGGACAACGGAACGAUUUUGCUGGACAUUCCCCAUUCCCGGAACAGUGGACAGAACACAGUUGUUAAUGUUUCAAUUAAGGAUUGGCGCUUCAAAGCAAAACAUGAACUCAAAAGUAUUGAUAGCAAAAUAAAAUAUUGCAAGGAACUCAUUUUGAAAUGCGAGAACAAAUGAAUUGUAAAUUGAUGAAAAACAUUUGUUUUCAGUGAGAAAUAAAAGAAAUGAUCACCUUUUUUUUUACCCGCAUCCCUCUUUUCUGCAGUUUUCCCCAUCAUGUGUUUUGAAUAUCUGUACCCAUCAAAAGAAAGGGCUUCAUUUACCCCUAGAAACCAUCAUAGCCAAGCCUACGUGAUGUUCCUUCCUUUAUUGGGGCAUUUAAUUGCUUGUUCAUAGAGGUACACUACAAGAUCAAAAGUAAGUGGACACCCUUUCAAAUUAGUGGAUUUAGCCAUUUCUGCCACACCUGUUGCAGACAGCUGUAUAAAAUUGAGCACACCGCCAUGCAAUCUCCAUAGACAAACAUUGGCAGUAGAAUGGCCUUACAAAAGAGCUCAGUGACUUUCAACAUGACACCGUCAUAGGAUGCCACCUUUCCAACAAGUCUGUUUGUCAAAUGUCUGCCCUGCUAGAGCUGCCCCGGUCUACUGUAAGUGCUGUUAUUGUGAAGUGGAAACUUUUAGGAGCAACAACGGCUCAGCCGCAAAGUGGUAGGCCACACAAGCUCACAGAACGGGACUGCCGAGUGCUGAAGAGAGUAGCACGUAAAAAUGGUCUUUCCUCGGUUGCAACACUCACUACCGAGUUCCAAACUGCCUCGGGAAGAUACGUCAGUACAAUAACUGUUCGUCGGGAGCUUCAUGAAAUAGGUUUCCAUGGCCGAGCAGCAGCACACAAGCCUAAGAUCUCCAUGAGCAAUGCCAAGCGUCGGCUGGAGUGGUGUAAAGCUCCCCGCCAUUGGACUCUGGAGUGAUGAAUCACGCUUCAUCAUCUGGCAGUCCAACGGACAAAUCUGGGUUUGGCGGAUGCCAGGACAACGCUACUUGCCCCAAUGCAUAGUGCCAACUGUAAAGUUUGGUGGAGGAGGAGUAAUGGUCUGGGGCUGUUUUUCAUGGUUCGGGCUAGGCCCCUUAGCUCCAGUGAAGGGAAAUCUUAACGCUACAGCAUACAAUAACAUUCGAGAUGAUUCUGUGCUUCCACAUGUGGCAACAGUUUGGGGAAGGCCCUUUCCUGUUUCAGCAUGACAAUGCCCCCAUGCACAAAGCGAGGUCCAUACAGAAAUGGUUUGUCGAGAUCGGUGUGGAAGAACUUGACUGACCUGCACAGAGCCCCCACCUCAACCCCAUCGAACACCUUUGGGAUGAAUUGGAACGCCGACUGCAAGCCAAGCCUAAUCGCCCAACAUCAGUGCCCGACCUCACUAAUGAUCUUGUGGCUGAAUGGACGCAAGUCCCUGCAGAAAUGUUCCAAUAUCUAGUGAAAAGCCUUCCCAGAAGAGUGGAGGCUGUUAUAGCAGCAAAGUGGGUACCAACUCCAUAUUAAUGCCCAUGAUUUUGGAAUGUGAUGUUCGACGAGCAGUUGUCCACAUACUUUUGGCCAUGUAGUGCAUGUCCCCUUUGCGAUGAGCUGAUCAUUGUAGGAUUUUAGUAUGGUGCAUGGUAAAACAUCCUCAAAGUACAUGAAAGCUGAAGUAAACAAUUGAUCUGAAACAUAUAAAUCACAUAUUAUGUCAUUGCAGCCUAAGAUUUUGUGGAUGAAGAACAAGAUGAUUCUCAACAACAUGGACAACCCCAAGUACAGGAUGAUCAGCACAGGGGGCAUCUGCACCCUGGAGAUCCGUAAGCCUGGCCCAUACGACGGUGGCGAGUAUGUCUGCAGAGCCGAGAAUACAUUGGGGAAGGUCGACACUGGCUGCAAGCUGGAGGUCAAAAGUAAGUAGUAGUGGAAAAAAUAAAAUAAAAAUUGCACUUGUCUUUUCCUGCUAGUACCAACUUCUCCUAGUUUCAACUACAGUAACUAUCUUAAGAUGAAUAUACUAACUGUAAGUUGCUCUGGAUAAGAGCUUCUGCUAAAUGACUAAAAUGUAAAAAAAUAACUUAAUUUAGAACCCACUGGGCACACACUGGUUGAAUCAACAUUGUAUCCAUGCCAUUUCAAUUAAAUUACGUUGAAUCAACGUGGAAUCGAAGUUGAAUUGACGUCUGUGCCCAGUGGGAAAGUCCUUUCUCAUACAUGGGUUUACCCGAGGAAGAAGCCUCACAAAGUAUGAAGCAAGUUCAUCUAUAAAUAUAGACACUGCUUUUGUAAUCAAAUGUAUUUCUGCUUUUACGUUUAUGUUUCAGUGGUGUUUUAUCUUAUGCAUUAUCCAUGCAAAUGUAGAUGCUCUCGAUAUUUGUUGUAUUUGAAUCAGGCUGUGUGGAAAUAUUGGCAUUGGUUCAUGAUCACUAAAUUAAUUAUAUUUACCUCAACAGAGCCUGUGUAUGCAGACGCUGACAAAGACAAGGAGGAGGAAGAGUAAAUGAACAUGCAUAUAGGUCAGUCACUCUUAUUGGCAUUUAUAAGGUUUCAUGUGGAAAAUGGGCUUCAAUUUACAAGAUUGGCCUGAAUUCAGAAGUUCACUGUGAAUCAAUAAAUAAAGGCCACUUUGUUACAAACUAUACUUGAUGAAUGUCUUUACUAAAAAUCUAAAAUCUAAAAUCAAUCUUGGCAUUUAAUUUGCUUUGACUUUGGUCUUAUUGGAGAGAAAGUUAUAUGUACCCAUAUUGUCACUGAAAACUUAGCACCAACGUUUAUUUUAAUAUGUACCAAAGUCUAUUUGAGUCCUGGUGUGACGUACAUAUUCUCCAAGGCUGGCCUUACAUGGAGAGCCCUAAAGUGGGAGGUGGAAGGUGGCCUCUGCCAUUGCAAGGGUCUGAAUGCUAGUCCUAGCUGCUGCUCAUAAAUUAGUCCUGUAACGGCUCCACAUACAGUGGAGUUGCACUCAGUUAGGGGACUACAUCACAUUUCCUUGACUCGGCAUAGCGGGCCCAUUAGGGAUCAGCGAGACACAGCAAUUUACUACCAGGAGCCACUGUAUUGCAAGCAGCUUUUCACCCACCAAGGUGUUGAAUCUCCACGGGGGACACUAUCAGCUCUCUUCACUUGCAAAAAACAAUUUGUGUAAUAUGAAUAUUUAUACUGGCUGUAGUUUUUAAAAAAGUUUUAUGUUAAACUCUUGGAAUAUACCUUUUGUAGGCCUGCUGCUGCAGUUCUAACCACCACAGUUGGCUAAAUAUGGCAUGUGAAUUGACACCUGUUCUCUGUUAUUACAGUCCCAAAUUAGAAGCAAGCGGAAUGAGGCCUUUAAAAAAAGGUGAGGUCCUUUUUAUAAGCUCUAAAACUGUACUUUCUCUCCUUUGAUGCGAAAUAUGAAUUGAGACAUUAGAUAACUUUCGGUGAGUUUUAAAGUGAUAUAUACCACUUGUUUUUCUACAGGACGGUUCUGGAUGCUGGAAAAAAACAUGUACAUAUGACUGGAGAGAACAAACAAUGAAAUGGUUAAUACCUACAACCGUUGUAUCCUACCCUACCCUUUCCUUUCCUAUCCUAUAUUUAUGAAGAUGAACAUUGUUUUGCCUUUAUUUUUCUUCCUUAGUACUCUCUGGUAUAGAGUUCAUAUCCAUGUCCACAACCAACUCAGAUGUCAACUGUCUGUGUGACAUUGUAAUUCUGAAUAGGUCUCCAUUAUAUAAAACAAAUCCAUUGUUCCUGAUUGGAGAUUAAAGACGUAAAACCUCAGAAUGUUUGUUACAAUAAAUAUUUUGAUUAAUGCUUUUGUUUUGUUGUUUUGUUGAAUAAACCAAAACUUGAAUAAACCCUC